AUGGGGUCGGGAAGCAUACUAAAAUAUCUGCAGAAUAAGACCAUUUUAGUUACUGGAGCCACUGGCUUCCUUGCAAUGGUAUUUGUGGAGAAAAUACUAAGGGUUCAGCCAGAUGUGAAGAAGAUUUAUCUCCUGUUAAGAGCUUCUGAUACCAAGUCAGCCAGGCAUCGCAUGCAUAAUGAGAUCAUAGGGAAGGAGUUGUUCAGUGUUCUCAGAGAGGAAUGGGGGAUGAAUUUUGAUUCCUUUAUAUCAGAAAAAGUUGUCGCUCUCCCGGGAGACGUAAGCUUUGAAAAUUUGGAAUUGGAGGUGAAAGAUUUCAAAUUGAGGGAAGAAAUGUGCAAUGAAAUACAGAUUAUAUUUAAUUCUGCAGCAACCACCGAAUUUGAUGAGAGAUAUGAUAUUUCAUUGGGCGUCAAUACAUUUGGAGUUCUGCACAUCCUGAGCUUUGCAAAGAAGUGUUUCAAACUAGAGAUACUUGUGCAUUUAUCAACAGCUUAUGUGUGUGGGGAAAAGGAAGGGCUCAUAUUCGGGGACUCAUCUUGCAUUGAUGACUUCAAUGAAGAAAAGAACCUAGCGGAAGAAAAAUACGGUAUACCAUAA